UAAUUAUUUACUUACUAAAUUUAAAUAAAUAAGAAAUAGUAAAUUUCUUUGAACUCGUAUGAUAUAGAAGUUGGAGCGAAUUUCUGCCGCGUCUGUAUGCCGUAUGUUCGCGAUGAAAUAAAAAACUACUUUACGGAUUUACUUGCGGUUUUCACUAAUAGAUAGUGUGAUUCCUGUGGAAGGUUUAGGUGUAUAAUUUAUUAUGUUUCUACUCGAGUGAAGCCGGAACCAAAGAAAUAUUAAAACUGCGAAUUUAAUUGUUCAAUAAAAUAAUUGUUCAAAUAUUAUUUAAAUUACUAAGAAUAUAUGUAUAAUACAGCCAAUUAUGUGUACUGGCACUACACUUUAUUGUUCCCAUUUUCGAUUUGGGAUUAGCGUAAAAAUAAUACAAUUUAAGACCUACUGUUCAAACACAUUUAUAUAUCAAAGUACAUAAAUGUGUGCAAAUAAGCAAAUAUCAUUUACUUUUAAUGAUCCAUGAUCCGUGAUGGGCAAGAACGGAAUCCUUUACAUUCAUCAUACAGUCUAUCACAUAUAUUAUAUUCAUCCUACGUUCACGUUUCCACGUAUACCUACUAAUUACAUGGUAUUUUCAAUUGUUUACCUGACGAAGGUAGGUAUGACAAAAGUCUGGUAAAAAUGUGAUCAGUAGUAGGGUUGAUUUUACCUUGCAAGGAACCCUAAAAGAUUAUUUAUCAAUGUGCUGAACAUUUGUUCAAACACCUACUAUGGUUCGUAUAGUAUCUAAAUGUAGCAUAUAAACAAUUUUCAGCACAGAAAACACCGAUACAAUUUUGGAUCCUGCCGCUACACUUAUGUGGAAAUAAAUAACUGAAAAUGUUUUUCUAUAAGUUGCAUAUUACAGUGUUGAUCGUCAAGCUGUUGCUGACCGUGGCUUGCGCUGAAUUUCCCAUGUUCGAUGAAUCUAAAUUGUUACAAAAAGUAUUGCCGCAGCUGCCAACUUUUCCUGAAGUUGCAGAAAAGAACGGUCUUCGCUGUGAAGAGUACAAUAUAACAACUUCAGAUGGCUACAUACUUCGUAUUUUCCGGAUACCGGGAGAUGUUACAAGACCCGUGUUGCUGAUGCAUGGCCUUUUGGAUUCCUCAGACGGUUACAUUAUCAGAGAAGAGGGAUCUAUAGGAAUGAUGCUAGCGCAGGAAGGUUAUGACGUCUGGGUGGGCAACAAUCGGGGCAACAGAUAUUCCAGAAAUCAUGUCACACUCAACCCUGAUAAGGAUGAAUGCUUCUGGAAUUACUCUUUCCACGAAAUGAGUGUUAUCGACCUUCCAGAAAUAAUAGAUUUGGUUCUGGAGAAAACUGGCCAAUCUCAACUGAGCGCUGUCGGUCACUCCCUAGGUAACACAAUUUUUUACGUGCUCGGAUCCAAAAGACCAGAGUACAAUAACAAAAUAAAAGUACUGGUAGCGUUGGCUCCUAUAGCGUAUUUACAGAAUAUGAAAGGUGUGUCCAGUAUUUCGAUGAACUUCGCGACAGAGCUGGAUGUGCUGGCCAAAGAAAUCAAUUAUCAAGAGUACGCCGGUCAUGACUCGGAUUCAACCGUGAUAGCUCGACAGAUCUGCGCCAUUCCAAAGAAAGGGUAUGAGAUAUGUUCCUUUCUGACAUUCAUAGGAGCUGGCUUUGAUGUGCUGCAAUUGGAGCCGGAAUUUCUAACGACGUUGCUCAAUCAUUUCCCUGCUGGAACAUCGAGGAAGACCUUGAUACACUUGGCCCAGCUUGGGAAUAGAAAGGAGUUUGCUGAAUAUGACUAUGGAAAUGACACGAAUUUAGAAUUAUAUGGCUCUGUCAAUCCUCCUCCGUAUAACCUAAGUAAAGUGACAUUUGACGUGGUCAUGUACUGUGGAGCCAACGACCUCGUUUCCACUCUUGAGGACGUGAGCAUCCUGGAGUCACAACUCCCUAAUGUCGUCAAACGAGAGGUCAUAGACUACCCUUUAUGGAAUCAUUUGGAUCACUUAUACGGGAGCUUAAUACCAGAAAUAUUGGGUCCUCUGCUGAAAGAAAUCCUCGCCAAAUACAAUGAAGAAUAGGUACAGUCAACCGCAUGCCAAGCCAACCUGUGUGUACGCUCCGUAUUUUCCUACGAGUCCUAACGUGUAAACAAUUUUCACAGUAGGUACUUAUUGUUGAUUAAAUCUAAUAUUCAAACUUAUUCUUCCUUACAUAUUUACAAUUUAGGUAACUACUAGGUAUGUUUUUACCCGAGCCUGGACGGAUCGCUAGUAUAUUCUAAAGUAAAUAAUUAUUAAUCACGAAAGUAAUUUCCUAAUCUAUACUUUAAUUAUAAAUACCUAGGUAAUCGUUUUUGAGUUUGUAUGUUUGAGGCGGGUAAUCUGCGAAACUAACGAACCGAUAUCAAAAAUUCGUAUAGGUUACAUUUUAUUUCAAAAUUCCCACGAGAGCGAAGCCCUAUAAUAAUACAUUUCAUGACGUUAAUAACAACGGAUUGUGAAUUUGAUGUUUGAGAUUGCCGCAAUAGCGGUGAAUUUUCAAAGAAUUUGAGUUGACUUCCGUGCGGUCGAUAUGAUUAAGAGUACUAACUCUUAAGAAUCUCUCUUGAUCCGAAAAAUAAAGCUGUCGUAAAAUUUA